AAAAAAAUAGAAUCCUUCCUUGACUUUUGAUUUGCUAGGUAUUGUCCUAGGAACACUCUUGGUUGCAAGGGGGAAACUAAUUUCUCUAUGCCAUUGUAGAGAACAUAAAAGAAGAAAGGAAGAUGCAAAUCAGGGCUAUUCUUUUUAGCUGAUAGCUGAAUUACAGUGGAAAAAUGGCUUGAGGGCCUGACUCUCUGACCCAGUUAAAAUCAGCAGUUUUGUAAAAGGGAGGGGUUUUUUUUAAUCUCCCCAUUGUAAAAAGUAUUCUUCCUUCCAUGACAAUUAGCAGUUUGGAUGUUGUAAUAACUCCUCCUCAGUGAUGCUACUCCCUGUUCAUACCUAUCACUUUUUCCAAAGGAAAAACACUUUUGACAGGGGCUGAGGCAAGGAAAGCUCUUUUACAAACACACCCACUUGAAAGUCAAGGGAGUGAUCUCACCAGAGCAUCCUCAAGAGUUUUUCAGUAGGACUUGCAAGGAAUUCCUGCAGGGUUUUCUCCUUGCCGUGGGAAAGUGCAGAGGCAAAAGGAACCAAUCUGGAGGGUGUCAGGUUGGGGAAGGCAACUUAAGUUCUCAAAGGUGCACUGAGCCUCUUUCUGCCUAGCAUGACUGUUACAUAUACAGCUCGGGUGGCCAAUGCCCGCUUUGGGGGAUUCUACAAGCUGCUGAGCCUAUGGCGUGGGAGCAUCUAUAAGCUGCUGUACAAGGAGUUCCUGGUUUUCUCGGUUUCCUAUUUGGGACUAAGCCUUACGUAUCGGUAUGUCUUAAAAGAAGAUCAGAAACGGAUUUUCGAAAAGGUGGUCAUUUAUUGCAACAAGUAUGCCAAUCUCAUCCCUAUCGCCUUUGUUUUGGGCUUCUAUGUAACGCUGGUAGUAAACCGCUGGUGGAGUCAGUACACCAGCAUGCCAAAGCCAGAUCGCUUGAUGUGUGCCAUCUCUGGAAACGUCCAUGGUGUAGAUGAGAAGGGACGGCUUUAUCGACGGACACUCAUGCGCUAUUGCAAUCUGUCAGCAGUCUUGAUCUUGCGCUCAGUCAGCAUUGCUGUGUUCAAGCGCUUUCCCACCAUGGACCAUGUGGUGGAAGCAGGAUUCAUGACUCGUGAGGAACGCAAGAAAUUUGAAAAUCUCAACUCUUCCUACAAUCGAUACUGGGUCCCCUGCAUUUGGUUUACCAAUUUAGCUGCACAGGCCCGUAAAGAAGGCCGCAUACGUGACAACUGUGCUCUCAAGUUGCUCAUGGAGGAACUGAAUCAUUUUCGUGGCAACUGCAGCAUGCUUUACCACUAUGACUGGAUCAGUGUACCAUUAGUAUACACUCAGGUGGUUACCAUAGCUGUAUACAGCUUCUUCUUUUCUUGUCUAAUUGGAAGGCAGUUCCUCGAUCCAGCCCAAGGUUACGAAGGACAUGACCUAGACCUGUGGAUUCCUGUUUUCACCCUGCUUCAGUUUUUCUUCUAUUUUGGAUGGCUCAAGGUGGCUGAGCAACUCAUCAACCCUUUUGGAGAGGAUGAUGAUGACUUUGAAACCAAUUUAUUGAUCGACAGGAACUUCCAGGUCUCCAUGAUGGCUGUGGAUGAAAUGUAUGGAGAUCUGCCUCUCCUGGAGAAGGAUAGAUAUUGGGAUGCCUCAAACCCACGAGCCCCCUAUACGGCAGCUACAGUUUUUCUGUUGCAACAGCCAUCAUUCCAAGGCUCCACUUUUGAUGUGACACUGGCCAAAGAGGAUAUGCAGUUCCAGCCUCUGGAGGAGAUUGCCGAGGGCCUUGAACAGAACCGCCAUGUGCCUGCCCACCUCUUGAACCGACUGCUGUCUACAGCUCCUACCUCAGGAGGCUUUGGACGCCGUCUCUCUCUGCUGAAGCGCAAGAACAGCUGUGUUUCAGAACCAUCAACCACCUAUAGCUGCCUUUGUCAGGACAUGCAGGCCAUUGACUGCACCUGCACUCCGCCUGCCAGUCAGCAGAUGCGCAGUAACAGCAUUCCUUUCAUCCCUGAAGGGGCGGGUGACUCUGGCCACGAUACCAGCAGUCCAGGAAAGGAAGCAUACAGUAUUCUUCCCGAGUCUCACAUUGUGGAGCUGGGUGAACUUCCUCAGAGCGCUUUGGGCCAGGAGAAUGUUACAGCUGCCCCCCAUGAUCCAGAGCCCCUAGUGGAUACAUCAGUUAAUACAAAUGUUUUGUCCUGGCCUCUCCUAGAACAUGACUCGUCAGACAGUUCCUUCCUUCACAACCCAAAGGACGUGCCCAGCAAAGGGGUCAGCUAUCCCCCAUGGCUGCAGAGCCCCAUUGAGGAGGAAAAUACGCCAUGAGCCAGUUAUUGGGUAUCCACAGGUGAGAUGGAGUUACUCCUUGGGACAUCUUGUUAUGGUGAUCUUAUUGGAAGAAGGCCCUGAAAGGAGGGACCAGCAGAACUGAACACACUUUCAUAAAAACCACCUUUGUAGCAGGGACUCGGUGGAAUUUUAAGAGAUGUUGUGCAGAUACUCUUAGCAAAUACUCUGUUCCUACCAAAGAACAUGCUAGUUUUAAACCUUGCUUUUAACUUAAUAGACUACAUACGAACAUAGAGUAGGUGAGAGUAUCCUACUGCUUUGCAGUGUUGGUGAAAUGUUUAUUUUUCUCAUCAAGAUGAAUUAAGAAGGAAAAAGCCAAGAUGUGUAAAUGAAUUAUAUGGUACCUUUUUCUUUCACAAUCCUAUAUAGUCUCAGCUGAUUUAAAACUUAAGCUUUUAUGUUUUAUUAAAUGUUUGUUUGUAAAACAUUGAGAUUUUCAAAUACUUUAAAACUUACCUUCAUUCCUUACACCUUUAACAAAGUAGUGAGUAACUGCAUUCUGCCAAAAGUUUGUCAUUUUUAAAUUCUGGCCUCUGGAAAGCACAGGAAGAAUGGCAGUGUUUGUAUUGUUCAUGCCAGAGGCACUUUCAUUACUUUAGCAUCAAGUAAUAACUUGCAUAAUUAGGGUCUCUACUGGCCUUUAGAAGGUUUACAUAAAACUUACCAAAGGAGGUAGGGAAAACUAGACUUUAAAGGAUCUCAUUACAAACCUCUAGUACAGUGGCCCAGGGACUAGGGAGCGGUCCUGUGGAGAAAGUUUUUCUGCGGAUUGGAGAGAUGUGUGGUUUUGUAUGCUGCCUGCAUCUUGUGGAUGGGGUAUCACUUGUUUGUGCAGCUCAGUUGCUGCUCUAGUAGUCCUGGGACAUUGAUGGUGAACCUUUUAGGCACAGAGUGCCCAAACCGGAAGGCGCACAUGCCAGAGUGUCAUAAACCCGACAACCAGCUGGGCAGCACACAUGCACGCCUCGGAAACCCAACAACCAGCUGGCUGAGCUGGGGUGAUGGUGCGUGUGACCACAGAGAGGGCUUUGCAUGCCACCUACAAUUGUCGAUAGAGGCUUUAUUCACAAGUAUAAGAAUACUCAUCAGGCUUAGGUGCUUUUCCAAUUUUCACAGAUUUAGCAUUGUUUCUUGAAAAGAUAAAUGUUGAAUUAAAUAUAGUCUGAUCAUGCCUAAACACUGGAAUAGCAAAUAAAAUAAAAAUUGAUUUUAAGAACCCUUGAAUUUUAAAACUAUAUCCUCCUACUGGAGUAUGUCAUUUAUAUCCAAGUCAGCUAUAGCAGCGGUCCCCAACCUUUUCCACUCCGCGGACAAGCAGUGGCAAGGGGGAGAGGGGAUGGUUUUGUGUGUGUCCACCGCUUGUGCAACCUGGUUCCCAACAGGCUGUGGACCUGUGCCAGUCUGUGGACCAGCGGUUGGGGGCUCCUGAGCUAUGAACACUGAACCUGAACACUUUUAAUAAUGGAGCAUUGUGGUGAUUAAUUUCAUUUAAGAAAAUCUACACAACUAGGGAUGGCCUAAUUUAGCACAAAGCUAAAAACGGACUUGAUUUGUAUUGGUGCAAACAGCAGCAAGAACACAUUGAUUUGUUUUGCUUAUUGUGGUCAAAAAAGUAGAGAGACAUCAUUCAGUAAUCUUGCUGAAACCAACCAGGA